AUGGCGGACGUAAGUCACGAGUCAAUGAUGGAGUACUAUCAUAUUGCCAACAAGAUGUUUAAUAGUGAGGAUGAAGGUUAUACAUUCUAUAACAAAUAUGGUCUUGAGAAAGGUUUUAGUGUCUGGAGAAGCUAUGUCGAGUGGGAUGGAUCCAACUGCCAUAUAAUUUUAAGGAAGUUUGUGUGUAGUCGUGAAGGGGUUCGUGAAGAGAAGCACAUGAAGAGGAAGAUGGAAGAUAGAAAGAGGAGGCCACGGAGUAUAACUCCUGUAGGGUGUAAAGCUAAAUUGGUGAUUGCAAGACAGGAGGAAACAGGUCAGUGGUUUGUCAAGGAUUUCAUCGAUGAAAACAACCAUCCUCUAGCCCCACGGGAUCUGUCGUGUCUUUUGCGUUCACAAAGAAGAAUUAGCGAUGAGCAGAAAGCGGACAUUGCAGACAUGGAAAAAUCUGGGAUCAGAAAACACCAUAUUAUGGAUAUUAUGUGCAUGCAAUACGGUGGAUAUGAUGAGGUUGGAUGCAUUAUGAGGGACAUUUACAAUUUCUGCCAUGCUAGCAAGCAAGAAACAAUUUCUUCCGGGGAUGCUCAAAAUGUGAUCAAUCACAUGGUGGCGAGGCAAGAGCAAGAUUCAGAUUUUUCUUCAGGUACUUGGUUGAUGAAGCUGGCCAUCUAA